AUGGUGGUGAAACCACAAAAAGAUUACCAACUUAAAUUAAUACAGCAUGUGUAUCAACAAAUACCUGCCUUUACAGACGUUUUUACAGAGGACACAUUUUACAUGUUCUUUGCUUCCUUAGUUAUUUGUACAAUUAUUGUAGUAUUUAUAGUAUCUAGGUUUGUUACAAUAAAACCUGUUGACAUUUAGAUAUUUAAUUUUGGAAUGUAUUUGAAAAUCUCACAUAACUGAGUUGAAAUGAGGUACGUUGGUCACAUUGUUAUUAUUUAAUAACAGUGAUAUGUUUUCCUAUUUGUUAUAAAUAAAUAAAAAACGGA